AUUUAUUAAAUUAUUAUUCAAAAUUUGUAUGAAUUCUUUAAGUGAUAUAGUGUGUCAUUCUGUGUUUCACAGAAGUUUUAAAAAUACCACAAUUAAGAUUAUAAAAAAGUAUAAUAAGUAACAAUUAUUAUGAAUCAAUACUUGAAAAUUUUGAAGAUAUAUAAGAUAACAUUUUAAAUUGAAAAGAAUAAUACAUCACAAUAAGGUGUUUCUUUAUCGACAUAAUUGUAAAAUAUAAGAGAAAAAAAACUAAUGUAAGUUACAUCAUUGUAUGUGUAAAACAAUUAAAAGGUUAUGUCAAACUGUAUAAUGAAAACCAAUGUAACGAAUUCUGGCAGGAAUCUUCGAAAUCAUGUAAAAGUAUGUUUUUAUAUAUUAAUACAUAAAGUAAGUUAAUACUUAAAAUAGACGUAAAAUGUUUGUAUACCGAAUUCAUAAUGAUAAUACAGUGAAUUCAAAGAUUUUUCGCAUCAAAAACUAUUCGUGUGUGCAGCGUCCGCCAUUUUGCUUCCCUUACAUCUGACAUGUCUUUCUAAUGUUAUUAUCGAUGAAUGCUGAAAUUUGUGCGUGAAUCUUCGAUCUUGUUGAAGUAUAUUUUGUAAGAAAAAGGUCGAAUUGUUCCUGAUUGGACAACAACCUCCAUUACUGUUGAGAGUAACAUCCAUUAUCCCAACCUCGGUAAACUAAUGAAACGAGUCCAUAAAGGGAAUUUCGUGAGCGUAUUUGUGAAUAGUUUAUCUUUGUUAAGGAGUGCAAAUACGCGACAAGACUCAUCUGAUAAGUUUUUCUAACUGUAUUGUCAAAACUUGAUUGCAAUAUUUUGCUGAGUGUCUUAUUGUCUAUAUAAGGAGUGUACAUAACCAAACAGUGUUGAUAUCCAACAUCAUGUACUCAUGUCAACAUUGGAGAUAAAGUGCUUAAUAAUAUGGCUUUGUCUUGUCCAAGAUUAUCAGAACUCUUAGAAUCAAUAUCCAAUAAUUUGAUGUUCUAUGCGAUACAAUCGCUCAAAGAUGUGUAGAAUAUGUUAUAUGUGAAUUGCUAUGCGAGGCAAGGAUUGUUUUUAUCCUGAUCUAGCCAUGGACUAAGUUCACGCUUACUGCUUGAACCAGGAGAGUGUAGUAAUUAUCUUGUAUGCAUUAUGUACAGCAAUGCAAAUCUAAACUUAGAGUGAUAAAUAGCUUUAAUUGAUCUAUACAUUAUUGACUGCUAAAGUAUUAUUUGCACUUUUAGGGCAUAGAAUAAAUUUUAUUGUCAUUUAAAUAUACAAAGUUUUUGUAAGGAUCAACUACAAAAUUUGAUACUAAGUAAUAAGUAAAUAAUUUUAAUCUUUUUAUUCAAACAUAGUCCAUGACAAAACAAAGUUUUGUACAUAAAAAGAUGUAAAUAAGAUAGCUGGGUGUAUAUCAAUGUUAAUAAUAUAAAUAGUGCUCAUGACUAUUUUAUAAUUUAUUAUACUUUUUAAAAAGAAAAUUCAUUUUGUUAGUUAUCUUAAUGGACAUAUAAACACUGAUGUGUCCGAGGCAAAUACAAAAACUAAACUGUGAUAUAAUACAAUAAAAAUAACUUUUUAUUUUUUUAUUCUCAGUAUUAUGAAUUAAAAAAUAUCACUGUAUGGACUUGGAUCUAGGCAUAUGGCGGUGAACUAAGUUUUAUCUAGAUAGGAAGUUGAUUUGGAGAGUUUGAGAAUGCAGGUGGAACAGGAUACAAGGAAAGCGAUAAUCAAUGAAGGUCUCUAUGUCCGAAAACUCAAACAUGGACAGUAAAUUGAAGUUUUCGGAUCGCUUGAAGGCUUUGUUAAAAACUGAAGCUCGUCAAGAUGUCGAUCCAUACAUUUUUUGUGAGCCAGAACCAUUUACUACUACAGCAAGAAAAAAUGUUACAGUAGUUUCAUCCAAAAAUUCUAAAGUAAUGCAAAAUUGUAAAAAUAGUAAACCUAAAGGAAAAUGUAUUAAGCAAAGAAUAAGGAUAACAUCUAUACCAGAUGGGGAAUACAAACCUGUACAAGAUCAUGCUGUAGAGUUAGAUAUUGACAAUAGUGUCGGUGGUGGUGGCAGUGGUAGUGGUGACGGUGAAAAUAUAGAUUAUAAAUUUGCAAAAGCACUUCAUCAUAAACAACGUCACAUUGAAAAUUUACAAAGAUUAAGAUGUAGAAGGCAAAGGCGGGACCAUACUCUAUUGUAUUAUCCUAGAGCUGGUGAUGAAAUAUCAGAUAGCGAUUCAAGUGGAGAUGAAAUGACAAUUUAUCAACAUUAUUGGUUCUCUGGAGAAAUCAGUUCAACGUUAAAUCGUUCGGCACGUCUUUCUCAAUUACGCUCUCAAUUGAGAAGGCGAUUAAUUCAGUUACAUAAAAGUGGAACAGACUCUGAAGCCUUAUUACGUGAUAGAGCUAGAUGUUUGUUGGAAGCUGCCUAUAAAGAUCCUGCGUCUACAGCAAGAGCUUUAAGCGGUUCUCCAAGUACGAGUAAAGUGGUGGAUGGGCCACUUUUAGUUGGUGGACUUUGCGGAGCUGAAGGAUGUCAACAAAUAUCUUUGCCCUGCACUCGCCAUUGUUCUCGUCACAUUAUGUUGAACGGAGAUCAACUUUUGUUUGAACAUUGCACUGCCAAAUUUAGUGAUAAUACACAGUGUUGUAUUCCUGUGUUUGAUGUUGCACAUGAAUUACCUCUUUGUCCAGAGCAUGCUAGGAAAAGGGAUAACUAUCAUCGUAAAGCUCAAGAGUCUAAACCAAAGAAAGCUCGUAAAAAACCAACAUCCCCAACAAUUUCCAGGCCUAAACCAAAAUCUAGGCCAAAGAAACGGAAACGGCCUCCUACAAAUAAACUUGAGAAUAAAGGUCCUACAUUGGUACACGAGGAGAGUCAAUAUUUGAAUCAAAUAAACUCUAGUGAAAAUCAGACAAAAACUUUAAACAAUUUAAAUACCAUAGCACAAGGAAGUUCAAAUACUUCUAAUUUAAAUUUAGGACUAGGCCUUGGCCUUGGUGGAGGAGGGCUUAAAGUAGAUCUGGGAGAUCAUGAAGUGUUUCCUUCUUUGGAUUCUGCAGAGCAUGAUUUUGGCAAUGUGCUCAAUAAUUUACCUCCUGAUGCUUUUAAUGAUUUGUUCAUUGAGGGUAGAAAUGAGUAUGAACCAUCGAGAGAAGAGGAGGAAGAAUUGGAACGAGCGUUGGAGGCAGUAGAUAAGGACGUACGAAAUUUGGAAAGGAUGGGGCAAACACAUGGACUUUUAGAGCCAGCCUUAUUGGCUCAACUUAUGUCAGAUAUUGCAUCGUAGCCCCGCCUAUUUUAAUAAUAUAUUAAUUUGGAAAAAAAACGAAUUCGCGGUGUGUUCCUUAUAAUAUAGAAAAAGAAAUACUGUUUGUGUCUGUGCUGCUAAGUGUAAGAUUGUGUUACUGACUUUCGUUAGAUAACUAUACAAAUCCAAGAUGAUGGCAGGGAUUGACAUAUAAACCGAAUGUUGAAAAAAAUAGUAACUACUAUUAAUUUAGUAUAAACUUCAUUGGUACAAUAUCAUAACGCAAUUAGAUUCAUAUAGAAAAAAAAAAAUCGUAUUUCUUGUAAAUGCUAAAAAAUUUCAUUCUUGCUAAAAACUAAUCAUAAGUGGAUCACAAUCUCAUCUUAUCUUUUAUACUAUAUAUUUACAAUUCACUUGCAAAUUACUUUGAGUAUGUUCUAAAAAUUUAGUUACAUUCUUGUAGUUACAAUAGUAUGGCAAUAAAUAUUUUUUAAUGAUGGAAAGUAUAAAAACGAUGAAAAGAAAAUCAAUCUUAUAGAACAAUUUUGACAUACUUGGAUUUUUCAGGGUAUAAAGACUCAUUUUUAUUUAUUUAUUACUUUAUUCAAUUCCGAUAUUAUUUUCAUUAACAGUAAUAUUUUUUGUUCUCGAGUACCCUGUUGUAUCUACAGAAUAUAUUCAUAAAUAGUUUGGAAACAUAAUCAAGUGCUUAUAUAUACAGCUUUUUUAGGUUGUAUAUAAAUAAAAUUAUAAAUUUUUGUUGAUUUUUUUAAAGCAAAUGAUUAAGUAUGAUUGCUAUGUUUGUUGCAUGUUUCAAUAAGAAUAUACUUAAUUUUCAUUUAAACAGAAGUUGAAACUAUUUUAACAAGUUAUUUUCUAUUAAAAAAAAAACUAUUCUUAAUACAAUUGCAUGAACACAUGACUGAAUUUAAAAGAAAUUACAUACAUACGUACAUACAUAGUCAUUCAUUUUCAUCUGCUGUAAUAAUAUAUGCAAAUAAUCACAAAUAAUCUUAUUGUCAUACAUAAUCAUAAUCAUUAUCAUUCUUUUCAUUUUGUAUUAUAAUCGUGUAGACAGGAGUUCAGUAAUAGAUAAUUGUAACAUAUAAUUAAAGAUUCAGAUUAAUAAGAAGUGCCGAAAUAGUUUCAUUUUUGAUAUCUUUAGUAACUGUAAUACAUUUAAAUUUCUUUUGCAGCCUAUAAAAAAAGAUGACAUGCUGUGUAUUAUUUCAUUUUUUCAUUUUUUGAGAUAAUGGUAUUUAAAACAAAAAUGUUAAGAUUAGACAAAUAUUAACGAGGCACAGAUUUUGAGAGUAAAACUAGAUUGUUCUUACUAAUUGUAUGUACAUGAUUAAAUCAUUUACUGCCAUUUGACAUUUAAAAUAUUGCAACAUAGUUAUAGCGCUGGAACUAGUAUUAUGUGUGUACAUGUAACAUUUUAAAAUGUGCAUAUAAUACAAAUUAUCAUAAUUUUAAUACAUAUCGUAAUUGAAGUCAAAUGAAAAAAAAAAGUACGUUGAAUCAUUUUAUAGAUUAUAAAUAUGUAUGUACAAGAAACAAGAAACAAGAAACACAUCUCGUUAAAGGAACACCAAGAUUGUAUAGGUUUUUGUGAAAUCUAGUUUUUAUUAUCAAAAUUUUUGUGCCAAAUAUAAUUGAUGAGGUAUUCAUUUUUGUACCUUAUGCAUAUGUGUCAGAAUGAUAGGUUGCAAAGAAGUACAUCUUGAAUAAUGAAUGUUUUAGCUAAAUGUAAACCAUCUCAAAUGGACAGUAAAUUUGCCACUUGUAUAUGGAAAGAAAAACAAUAUAAUUUACAAUUUAACCCAUAUUGGGAUUAAAUUAAUAUUGUUAUUAUAUAUAAUGGUAGUAAGUAGGUACAUUAAUUAUUUAUCUAAGGACAAUGCAGAAUUUAAUUAUAAAACAAAUGCAUUGCUUCAAUUGUAUCUAUAUGUGUAUCUCCUUGUAAAAUAUCAGCAUUAGUGCGCAUUAUUAGGCAUUAUCAAUUAUAAUAAGCAUAUUUUUUA